AUCAUUCUAACAAUCCACACAAAAUUUACACUUUUACACAAAAUUACCUUUUACCUUUUGUGUAGCUAACUUUUAUACGGAAGAAGUGCUAUUUAGUAUUUACACUUCAAAAUGGAAGUUGGCCAAGAUUUGGAGGACAUUGUCUUUUUAUUCGAUAUGGUGGUCACAAGACUGGAGCUGUACAAACCAGUAGAGGAACCCGAAAAAUGCGAAGUUCUAGUUAAGUUUGCAGGAAACAAUGUGAAGUUGACGCCCAGCCGUGUAAAUGUCAGCGACUUUGUGGGCAACAGGAAGACGGAGUUCAUCUCCAGUCCCUCCCAGCUGCGAAAUACCCUGGAAAACCAGGGAGUGCAGAUGAACGCUCGCUACGAAGGCUCUUCUUUGGGCAGUAAUGUGAUGCUCUUCCCCGACACCUUUAUCGAUAAAAUAUCUGCCACCAUGAGCGAUCUCUUUUACGAGGACACGAUCCUACUGAUGCGUCGAACUGACUGCAUCGGCACUUUAAGCAUACUUCUAUCACUAAUUGUCAAGUGCACGGAUCUAGAUAUUCCUCGGGAACCGCGCAGAUCGAGCUCGCGAAGGUCUUCACGAAAAUCGUCUACACUCGUGAUCGUUCCCAAAAAAGUGGAGCAAAAUGUCGAAUGCCAGGGCCUGGGACCAACAUUCAAUGCCCACGAUGUGCUGUUUGUCGUGGGCAAUCCCGAUCCUCUGCUGAAAAUUCCAUCGGAGCCGUGUCCUGAGCUUCCUCCAGGGGAAGGCGAUGAGCGGCUGGACUUGGACUUGCAGCGCUAUAGGAGUCUUCAGAAUCGUCGCGUGAUCUUUCCGGAUGACGACUCCUGUCCCAAGGAGAAGCCCUCUCUGGUCCAGCUCAAAAAUCUCACCGAUGAGUUCUCAAAGAUCAUUGGCUUAGUCACGGAUAAAGUGAAGCGGUUGGAAGUGCCUACUAGCUCGGUGGUCGAUACAGAGCCACCUUCGGAAAGAACCGCUGCAACUCCAAGCACAUAUAAGGAAAUACCCGAAGAACAAUGGAUACCCGUGCCCCUGAAAGAGGAUGCUGAAAGCGAUGUAAAGCCCAUACGCUUUUGUCCAGUUUGCUUGUAUUCCAUGUCCUGGCUGCCAAAAUAUACACCAUGCCCACGAUGCAAUACAAAAGCACGUCCUGUCCGGGAGGGACCGCCAAAGAACAUCUUAACAGCCGAUGAAAUCGUAGCCGAGCAGCUGUUAAAGCCAAAGCAGCUCAAUGAAUCCGGCGACUUUUUCAAGAAACCUUGCCAAGAACCGAUCCUGCGUAUAAAGAAAGUUAAGAAAAAGAAGCAAACUGGAUUGGGUGAACCCGUUCCGGAUUCCCACUCGGAUGAGGAAUGCCCUCCGUGCCGCUGUACUUGCACAGUGGGUAAGAUUUGCACCCACUGUCGCGUUCGCAAAUUGUGCGAGGACAUCUUCGAAGGUGAAAAGGAAAUGGAGCCAGAGCGGCACAAGCGCGUGGAAGUGCCGCAACCUUGUUUCGACGAUGACUUUUGCGUGAUCGCCGAACCCAUCGAUGAUCGACCCUACCUGUCGAGAGUUUUCAGCGAACUCAAGAGUCUGUAUAGCCUGCACGACGCCAAGAAGCUGCUGGCUAUCAAAAAACGCUGCGAGUCCCAGACACUGCUUCCAUUUCGCGAAGCAAGAUCCUCCAUGUCCUUUAAUCUUUCCCGUGGUGUAUUCAAUCCGCACAUUCCCGGAACGUUCGGUCGCCAAACAGCUGGUCAUAAAAACUGUCUGCCGAUGAAGCACUCUGUUCCACGGCGCCAUGGCUGGAAUUGGCCCCGAUCUCAGGAGGCCAGGAAGCAGGGUUGGCGUCCAGGUUCCAUCCUUCGCGCCGCUGUCCGGGUGAUGCGCUACUUCCUGAUGUCCAAGGAAGAACGAAACUUGUGCCAAAAGAUUACCGCUGACCAUGAGAAGCAGGAACGAAGCGGUCUGCCAGUUCUGAAUGUUUGCAAGAAGGACGGAGUGAUAUUCGUUACUCUUUGUGCCUUAGAUACCUUGGACAUGAAACAGAAGCCCAUCACAUUCCGGAUCGUGAAGAGCGACCUGGCAGUGGCACUGCGUCAGAUUAAGCGCGCUUUAAAGGAUCAGGGCUUCAAGAAGUGCACCUGCCACAAGUCCCUGAUGCUGUGCACCUGUCGCGAUGCCUUGGAUAAGUUCCUCCUGAAUAAGGCCCUUAAAAAGGAGUGCCAGCGACGCAUCAUGGAGCCGUGUCCGGAGCACUUGGUGCUCACAGACACCAGUGUUAGUGACCUGGAGUUUGAUCUGGAUGUGACUCCACCGGCGGGAACUCAGUGGCCAAAGCAGAAUGCCCUCCGAAACGUGGUGAACCACGGCACCCAGACGGAGCUCCAAAAUAAGAUAACGAUUCCACCUAGUUAUCCACUGCCGGAUAGUCCUUACUGGAGGGCCUACGACUGUGCCGCCGGAGAUCGGUACAUGGGCACAGCCUUCGGCAACAAUGUGGAGACCGUGUUUGAGGACGGAAUAUACGGCUACAUGGGCGGAGGUCAGCAUGGGAGGGCUCCCGUUUGGCGAGAUCCGAGGGUUUGGGGCAGCCGAACGGGCGCACCCAUGCCCAUUGGAACCGCUCCAUCUGCCAUAGAUCCAUAUCGGUUCACUAAAACUGUUUGGAAGGGACUUCCAAAAAAGAUUGUUAACCAAAUGCGCACUAAUCGAAAACAAUAUUAGUUUUAACAAUAAAUGUUUUUAUACCCUU